AUUUACGUAUGACAGGAAAACCACUCACAAAAGGACUUGGAGGCAGAAAAUACGCAGUUGAUGGAUGGGACAUGGGAAGAAUGCUUAAAUUCAUUCAACAGGAAGCAGAGCAGAAGACACAAGAAAUAAAAAUCAAAGCAAAUGAGGAUUAUCGACUGAGAGUCUCUGAGCUGGCCGUGACAAGCACACAAAAAAUAAAUAAAAUGAGAGAGGAGGAGAUGCACAGGAUUCAGAUGGAUAAGACCAUUGCAGUAGGGAAAUUAAGGGCAAAGGCCUGUCUUAGUAUAGCAAAGCAGAAGGAGCACACGAUAAACAGGAUUCUAAACACUGCAGCAGAAAAGUGCAAAAAUUCUUUAUUAACUGAAAAAUUAGUAAAAGAAACCGUUGAAAAAUACCGUUAUAUAUUUCCUAAAAAGGAAAUGAUAAUCCAUAUACAAGAAAAAAACAAAUCCAUUGUAAAAAACCUUCUUAAUGGAGAGGACUACAGGAUAGAACCAUUAAAUGAGGAUAUGCUUGGUGGGAUAGUUAUACGGGAUGAGGAGAGGACUGUUUUAGUUAAUAAUAGUUAUUUAGAGAGGUUAAGGUGUGCAGGGGAUAAGGUUCAACCAAUAAUCCAGAAGAUAAUAUUUACUAAAUUAAGUAAUAAUAAGUAAAUAGUUCUAUAUAACGGUUUUUUAUUUAAAUUUAUUAUAACUUAUUACACAAUGUACAAUAAUACAUAUAGGUAAACAGAACUUAUUACAACUUAUUACACAUACAACAUAACUUACUACACAUUGUACUAAAAUAUCUAUUGAUUAUACUAUUACUUAUUACACAACAUAACAUAACUUACUACACAAUGCACUAAAUAUUAUUAUACAUAACAGAACUUAUUACAACUUAUUACACAAUACAACAUAACUUACUACACAAUACAACAUAACUUAUUAUACAACACAACAUAACUUACUACACAAUGCACU